AUGGAUAUAGCAACCGCCGCCGCUGCUCUCGUCGGAGGAGCUACAGUCGCAGGAUAUCUGAAUGCCAAGUUUCAUAUUCAGAAGGAUGUAUCAAAUUUGGUCACGCUGAAGCACGCCGAACGACAAUAUGCCAAUGCCGUUCGUCAAAACCAAGGAAAUCCAUGGUUCGUCCUACUGCAGACCGUGAAGCAAUACCCCGACAUGAGCUGUGUCUGGACUCGCGAGAGAUCAUACACCUACCGAGAAAUACAAGACCAAGCCUGCCAAUACGCCCAUUUCUUCUUAUCACAGGGCGUGAAGAAAGGCGACCUUGUUGCUCUUUACCUCCAGAACAGCAAUGAGUACAUCGUCGCAUGGAUCGCCCUCUGGAGCAUUGGCUGUGCCCCCGCCGCGAUCAAUUACAAUCUCACCGGGGACGCAUUGCUGCACUGUCUGAAGAUCAGUGGCGCGAAUAUCCUGCUCGUGGACGAAGACGCCGACUGUCGUGCCCGCGUCGAUGAAAGCCACGACGCCAUUACCGGUAAUCUGGGAAUGAAGUCAAUGACACUGGAUAGCUCCCUAAAGGCGCAUAUCAGCACCUUCCCAACAACCCUCCCACCCAAGGGACUGAGCAAACAUGUGACCGGCGACUUCCCGGCGAUCCUCCUAUAUACCUCUGGCACUACGGGCAUGCCUAAGGGCUGUGCAUUCACAAUGUCCAGACUGUAUACCACUCUCUUCAUCCGUCGUGCCCUGAUGGGAGACACGCCCGGCCCAGACGGCGAUCGCUGGUACAGCUGCAUGCCUUUAUACCACGGCACAGCAGCUAUCGCCGUAAUCGCAUGUCUAGUAAUGGGCGUGAGCGUCGCCAUCGCUCCCAAGUUCAGUGUGAGUAGAUUCUGGACCGAUAUCCGCGACUCGGAAUCGACUAUUUUCAUCUAUGUUGGAGAGACAGCGCGGUACCUGCUCGCGCCACCCCCAUCACCCCAAGACCGAAACCACAAGGUCCGCUGUAUGUACGGCAACGGUCUGCGGCCGGAUAUCUGGGAGCGGUUCCGGGAGCGCUUUGGAGUCGCUGAAGUCGGAGAGUUCUUUAAUAGCACGGAAGGUGUUUUCGGUCUGUUUAAUUACAAUCGCGGUCCUUUCACGUCUGGAAGUGUUGGUCAUCAUGGUUUGAUCAUGCGCGGGAUACUGCAUAAUGUCUUCGUUCCUGUUGCUAUUGACCCGGAGACUGGGGAUAUUCUGCGCGAUUCUAAGACUGGCUUUGCGCUUCGCGCGCCUUAUGAGCAGGGGGGUGAGAUUAUCGUCAAUGUUCCUGGUGAAGAGGCUUUCCAGGGGUACUGGCGCAAUGAUGAGGCGACCAAUAAGAAAUUCCUGCGCGAUGUCUUCAAGAAGGGGGAUCUCUAUUAUCGAUCUGGAGAUGCUCUGCGUCGGCAGAGCGAUGGCCGUUGGUACUUCCUCGACCGACUUGGGGAUACCUUCCGCUGGAAGAGCGAGAACGUAGCAACCGCGGAAGUCUCAGAGGUUCUAGGCCAAUUCCCUGGUAUUACCGAGGCCAAUGUGUACGGCGUCCGUCUUCCCAAUCACGAGGGACGCGCUGGGUGUGCAGCUAUUCAGAUUAGCCCGGACGCCCGACAGACAUUUGACUACACAGCGCUUGCGAGAUUCGUACGCUCCAAGCUGCCUAAAUAUGCUGUUCCGUUGUUCCUUCGCAUCGUCGAGAAUCCCACGCACAUCCACAAUCAUAAGCAGAACAAGGUACCGCUUCGGGAUGAGGGUGUUGAUAUUGCCUUGCUUGGGACUAAAGCCCCCGAGGGUAAGGAUGACCACUUCUUGUGGAUUGCACCUGGUGAUGAGAGCUAUUCGCCGUAUGGACAGAGAGAGUGGGAGCAAUUGUCGACUGGGAGUAUUCGUUUGUGA